GUAGGGAGGGGUGGGGCGGGGCGUCAUCCUGCAGGAGGAGGAAUUGGGAAUGUGAGGCUCCAGGACACUGGUGGGGCUGAGAACUACAGAAUCAAGUCCACAGGAUACUACAAUUCCUCUACGGAUGUUCUGCUAUACACGCCACUUGAGCUCGGGCUGUUGCAUCUAAAGAAAAGAGAUGGCAAACAAGAUAUCUGGAGAAGAGAUGGAGGAGUUGAAGGAGGCUUUCCGGAAAGUAGAUAUUGACAAUAAUGGCUUCAUCUGUGACUCUGAGCUCACUGAGCUCUUUAAAGAAGCCAAUUUACCGUUGCCAGGUUACAAAGUCCGAGAGAUCAUCCAGAAGCUUGACCGCAACAAAGACAACCAGAUCAACUUUGAUGAGUUUAUUUCUAUCUUCCAUGAGCUUAAGGGUGAUAACAUUGCGAAGACCUUCCGUAAGGCCAUCAACAGGAAAGAAGGCAUCCUGGCCAUCGGAGGCACCAGCGAGCUGUCCAGUGUGGGGACGCAGCACUCCUUCUCAGAGGAGGAGCGCUAUGCGUUUGCUAACUGGAUCAGCUCGGCUCUGGAGAAGGACCCUGACUGCAAACAUGUGCUGCCCAUCAACCCCAGCACCGGUGCCCUUUUCACAGCUGUGGGCGAUGGCAUCGUGCUGUGUAAAAUGAUCAACCUGUCCGUCCCAGACACCAUAGACGAGAGAACCAUCAACAAGAAGAAACUGACACCCUUCACCAUCCAGGAGAAUCUGAACCUGGCUCUGAACUCUGCGUCGGCCAUCGGGUGUCAUGUGGUGAACAUUGGAGCGCUGGACCUGAAGGAGGGCAAACCUCACCUGGUUCUGGGUCUGCUCUGGCAGAUCAUCAAGAUAGGCCUGUUCGCCGACAUAGAGCUCAGCAAGAACGAAGCUCUAGCAGCGUUGCUGAGGGAGGGAGAAAGUCUGGCAGACCUGAUGAAACUGUCUCCAGAGGAGCUGCUGCUGCGCUGGGCCAACUUCCACCUGCAGAAUGCCGGCCUCAACCCCAUCAACAACUUCAGCUCUGACAUCAAGUUAGGAGACUUCUCAAACUCAAUCAAGGACUCCAGAUCCUACUUCCACCUGCUCAACCAGAUCGCUCCUGAUGGGAGCAAGGAGGACAGAGCCGCCAUCAGCAUCAGCCUGGCAGGCCUCAGCGAGAAGGACGAUCUGAAGAGAGCCGAGAGCAUGCUGCAGCAAGCUGAUAGGCUGGGCUGCCGCCAGUUUGUCACCCCUGCCGACGUCGUCAGCGGCAACCCCAAACUCAACCUGGCCUUCGUGGCCAACCUGUUUAACAAGCAUCCCUCUCUCACCAAGCCCGAAAACCAGGAUCUGGACUGGGGCCGGCUGGAGGGUGAGACGAGGGAGGAAAGAACUUUCCGGAAUUGGAUGAAUUCUCUGGGAGUCAACCCUCAUGUCAACCACAUCUACGGAGAUCUCCUGGAUGCUCUAGUGAUCCUGCAGCUCUAUGAGAGGAUCAAGGUUCACGUGGACUGGAACAACAAAGUGAACCGACCUCCAUACCCCAAGUUAGGAGCCAACAUGAAGAAGCUGGAGAACUGUAACUACGCCGUUGAGCUGGGAAAGAAGAAGGCCAAGUUCUCUCUGGUGGGCAUCGGGGGGCAGGACCUGAACGAAGGGAACACCACCCUCACUCUGGCACUGGUGUGGCAACUUAUGAGGAGGUAUACUCUCAAUGUGCUAGAAGACCUUGGAGACGGAGAGGCAGCAGGAGAUGAACUGAUCAUAAAAUGGGUCAACAAGACUCUGACAGAAGCCGGAAAGACUUCUAAGAUCUCUGGUUUCAAGGACAAAGAGAUCAGCAGUAGUCUUCCUGUGCUGGACCUGAUUGACUCCAUCCAGCCACACAGUAUUAACUAUGACCUGGUGAAGAAAGGAAGUCUCUCUGAUGACGAUAAACUGGACAAUGCCAAGUACGCGGUUUCCAUGGCGAGAAAGAUCGGGGCCCGUGUGUAUGCGCUGCCGGAAGACCUGGUGGAGGUGAACCCGAAGAUGGUGAUGACUGUUUUCGCCUGUCUCAUGGGCAGGGGCAUGAAGAGGGCAUAAACAAACACACACACAGGCACACACGGGCACACACACAACACUUCACACACACACACACACACAUUGUUCUCUUUCUCAGCAGCAUCCCUGUGCCUCAACUCUGAAUACUGUUGAACCGCCUUCCUUUCUGGAUGUCGCUUGACUUCCUGGUGAAACCAUUCCACCAGCCAAUCACGUUGCAGCCUUGAUUUAGUCUUAGUCAAUGUUGGGAGGUGACAGCGAAGGUCCAAUCUCAGGCUGGACCCCAACCUGUGUGCUGCGGUCGCCAGUCAGUCACAUGACCCAGAAGUCAAUAACAGCCAAUGAAAAGCUCAGUUAGCUACUAACAACUCAGUUAGCAAAUAACUAUUCAGCAUUUAUGAAUAAUGAUGUAUCUGCCAAUGAACGUGGAGUUAAGCCAUCGUCAUCAUGAAUGGUAAUCUUUGUGCUUUUGUUCACUGGUGAUUAGAGAGCUGGUUUGUGCUUCUGUUCGCCUCACUGUGAUUAACGUUGAGAGGGAGAGUGGGCAGAGAAGGAGGAAGAGGGAGAGAGCAAGUGGAAGGGUGGAGGGAGAGAGAACGUGGAAAGGGCGCUGAACUCAAUACGAUGUUGCCUUGCUGCAGAUUCAACCCAAUAACCUCCAUCCAGGUAACAUUCCAUCAUCUCAGUAGAAAAUAGAAAAACAUACUUUUUUAUCAUCUCAGUCGGAAAAUAUUAAAGACAUGUCCCGAACACUGUUGAAUUUUGGGUCAAAUUCAUCCUCGAUCAAAAAAACACUAAGCGUGAUAUGCAAAUAUUUUUGUUUAUUCCUUUAUGCGAGUUUCCUUAUAGUGGAUGAGUGAAACGUUGAAUAUUGUGUGUGAGGGUGUGAUCAGGAUAUAUAUCUGUUGUUACUGGGAGAGAAACUGGACCAGUCCACUCUCAGACCACAUAGCGUCAGACCAAGUGCGGACAUGUGGACUCGCUCUAUGUGGCAAAAUGUUGGACCUGUCGCACGUAUAAUGAUGUCAGUGGCAAACUGCUUAAGAGAAAUAAAACUGUGCCUAGUA